GGGAUGAACGUCACGUCACAGUUUUGUUUUGUUUUGAGAUGAAUAACAAAUUCAAGCAAAUGAGGAGCAGUGUAAGGUUUAAAUAGGGAUAAACAUGGGAUGACAGACACAUAUUAGGAGAGACAGAGAUAUAGAAAGGGGAGAGAGUAAUAUAGCGGGAGAGAGAUAGAGAGACAUAGAGAGACAGAGAGAGACAGAAAGAGACAGAGAGAGAGAGACAGAGAGAGACAGAGAGAGAAUAAGAGAGUUUUCUUCAAACAACAGUGAUGGAAACGUUGUGGUAUCUCACCCUGCUAAUCACAGGAUUCUACACACCUUCCUCAUGUCUUCAUCAGUAUCACCUCAUUACCAACAAUAUGAACUGGACUGAUGCCCAGAGUUACUGUAGAGCACAUUACACUGAUCUGGCUACAGUAGAUGACAUGGAGGACCAGAACAGGCUGAUUACCAGUGUCAGUAGUUAUAACUACUGGUUCUGGAUUGGACUGAAUAUGGGAGACUCCAUGAAGUGGCACUGGUCUCUGGCAGACAAACGUUUCUACAGAGAGGGGGAGACUGAGUUCAGAAACUGGGACACUGCGACACCCCAAAAUGGUAACUGUGCUUUAAUGAGUACAUCUGGGCUGUGGAACAACACCUCCUGUGAUGACCAGCAUCACUUCAUCUGUUAUGAUGGAAAACAAGUCACCAACCUAACACACAUCUUAAUUCAGGAGUACAAGACCUGGAUAGAUGCUCAGAGUUACUGCAGACAGCAUCACACAGAUCUGGUCAGUGUGAGGAACCAGACUGAGAACACAGAGAUAGAGAAGAAGAUAUCACUGAGGGGACUUCCUGUGUGGAUCGGCCUGUUUCAAGACUCCUGGAUAUGGUCAGACCAGAGUGACUCCUCAUUCAGAAACUGGUGGUCAAAAUGGAUUUCAACAGAUCAGUAUUUCAACUGCACUCUGGUGUCUUCCAAUCGUUCUUAUUAUUACACCGAAUGGGUAUAUGAUCCCUGUGACUUAUUCUUUCCUUUCAUCUGCUACAGCCCAGCUGUGGAGACUUCUGAGAAACCCCAACUGAAGAGACAGGUGGUGAGAGUGAAGAUGACACCAAAGGAUCGAAAUCUGAACCUCAGUGAUCCUACUGUUCAGGAUGCCAUCUUACAAGAGAUAAGGAACAAGCUGAAGGAGCAGGGGUUACCUGCAGACACCAAAGUGACAUGGAAAAAGCAGCCUGAUGGGAAGGUCUUCCACAAGGAUGAAGAGGGGUCUCCCAAUAAAGAAGAGGAUUAGAAGAAGAUGAAGAGGAUAAUGACAAAGAGAGAACUCUAAUUAUGUCAAAUUUUCUCCUUACAUUUCUCAUUUUAUUUGGAUUAAUUAUUUGUACUUGUAUGUAUUUUCUCAUCCUAAUUAAAUGUGUUUUAUUAAGAAAAUUGUUUAAUUAUAAACAUUAAUAGUGCUUUAUCUUCAGAUGUUUUUCUUGAUAAUUUUCUUGACUUGGUUGUUUUAUUUCCGGGUUUGUUCUCAAGAUAGACCUUUAAUACAUCAUGUCUAUAAAUGAGUUAUCUGUAGUUAUAUUAAUAUAUAUGCAGCUCUGCUUGGCGGCCUCUUCCAGCUCCUCCAUCUUCAACUCAUCGUCCUCUUGGUAGGGGGCUCGUUUAUCACCCUGACUGCUCUCACCUGUAUACACCAUACAGUGCUGUGAACAAAAUAUUUUCCCCCAUUCUAAUUUUCUCUACCUACUUUUGCAUAUUUUUCAUACUGAAUGUUAUCAGAUCUUCAAAGAAAACAUAAUAUUAGAUAAAGGGAACCUGAGUGAACAAAUAACAUAAUUACAUACUUAUUUAAUUUAUUUCAUGAACAAAGUUAUGCAAUGUUCAUGUGUGAAAAAUGAAUUGCCCCAUUAUACUCAAUAACUGGUUGUCCCACCUUUAGCUGCAAUGGCUCCAACCAAACGCUUCCUGAAGUUGUUGAUCAGUAUUUCACGUCGCUAUGGAGGAAUUUUGGCCCACUCUUCCACUUAGAACUGCUUAAACUCAGCGACAUUUGUGAGUUUUCAAGGAUGAACUUUCAAGUCCUGCCACAAUUGGGAUUAGGUCUGGACUUUGUCUAGGUAAUUCCAAAACUUCAAAUGUGUUGCUUUUUAACCAUUUUCAUGUAGACUUGAUUGUGUGUUUUGGAUCAAUGUCUUGCUGCAUGACCCAGCUGUGCUUCAGCUUCAGAUCACAGACAGAUGGCCUGACAUUCUCCUGUAGAAUUCUCUGAUACAGAGCAGAAUUCAUGGUUCCUUCUAUUAAGGCAAGGCGUCCAGGUCCUGAGGCAGCAAAGCAUCCCCAUUACUGAUGAAUGCAGUGUUUGGUUUUUGCCAGGCGUAAUGGGACCCCUGUAAUCUAAAUAGUUAUAGUUUUGACUCACCUGUCGAUAAAACCUUCUUCCAAGAGUCUUGAUGAUCAUCCAGUAGCUUCCAGGUGAUUUUUCGGAAACUUUAGUCAACUUUUUUGGGCUAGAUCAAAUCAAAUCAAAUGUAUUUAUAUAGCCCUUCUUACAUCAGCUGAUAUCUCAAUGUGCUUUACAGAAACCCAGCCUAAAACCCCAAACAGCAAGUAAUGCAGGUGUAGAUGGGUCCCAUUAUAUCUGAUAACAACCAAACACUGCAUUCCACAGUGAAACACUUCAUAUCAAUUGUCAAGCAUGGUGGUGGUAGUGUGAUGAUUUGAGGAUGCUUUGCUGAGUUAAAGUAGUUCUGCAUGCAAGAGUGGGCCAAAAUUCCUCCACAGCAAUGUGAGAGACUGAUCAACAACUACAGGAAGCCUUUGGUUGCAGUCAUUAGAGCUAAAGGUGGAACAACCAGUUAUUGAGUGUAAGGGGACAAUUACUUUUCCACACAGAGGAAUUGGGUGUUGCAUAACUUUGUUAAUUAAAUAGAUAAAAUAAGUAUAAAUAUGUUUUGUUAUUUUGUAAACUCAGGUUCACUUCAUCUAAUUUCAGGUUUUGGUUGAAGAUCUAAUAACAUUCAGUAUCAAAAAUUUGCAAAGAUAGAGAAAAUCAGAAAGGGGGCAAAUACUUUUUCACAGCACUGUAAGUAUCAAUGUGUUUUUCUAAUUGGAAUGUAACUUUCUUUAAUUGAAAAUGUAUUUAGACCAUAGUUUACAUACUGCAUAGCCAAUGUAGUCUCAGCAUGUUUUUUAUUGGUUAAUGAAGAUGUCUUUUCUGAUGAUCAAAUAAAUACUUGUUGCAGAUUGACA